UGCUAGCGUGGAUUUUACCUCCAUCUGUAGAGAAGCCAUUUUUAUUUGCGACUUGUAUUGUACAUUCAUAUUUAUUACUUUUUUUGCAUUGAAAAUGCCACGAAAAAAAUCAGAGAGUUUUUAUCGGAAAAAUGGGUUUACUGCGAACUACUCGAAUGGUAAAUACUCGGCCACUUGUCAUCAUUGCAACAAGGUGCUGCAGAAUACGGCGCUAUCCCGCCUUUCGUUACAUAGGCAAACUUGUGAUUCGAGGCGAAGUAGAUGUCCUGUAGUAUAUCACAAAGUCGAGAAGAAAGAUCCGGACGAUAUUGGCCCAAGGAUAAAGAUACAGAAAAUUUCGGGCGCCGACGAUGAUGGAGGCUUGGACAAUCCCAACGAAGGCAAGGAAAUCAUCGUUAAGAUACAACAAAUUCUAGAUGAGGUAAAUGGGGGGGAGGCCUCUAAAGAACCGCCAAUAAUAAAAACGGAGUUUCGCAAAUCGAGGAACUCCAAAAACAAUGAGGCAGGUGCGCAAAAUGUGGAAUUUGAGAUUUCCAAUAGUGAAGAACCAAACGCCGUCUAUGUUGAAUAUUUAGAUGAAAGCAAAGAGCAUUACAUAUUGCAGCAUAGUGCUGAGGACUCGGGCAAUGCGGCGACAAUUGUAGAGGCUAGACCGAGAAAUAAUUUACUUGCCCUAAAAGCUGAGAAGGUUCGAGCUGAGAUCAAACAAUUCCAAAGCAAGACCACGUUCCUCAAGACUGAAACGGAGAACCUAAAGCUGGAGCGGACGCUGACAUUACUUCGAAUACAGAAGCUUCGAUUGGAAAUUGAGGCAUUGCGCGCUUAGAAUUGAUAUUAGCUUAAAUAUUGACAAAUUCGAAACUGCUGUAUAGCUUUUAUACAUUUAAAAAGUUCUGUUUUGAAUCAAUCAUCUCUAUUUCAUUUAUAAUUUUUGUAAAGUUUACAAAGUGUUCUAGUAUCUUUAUCAUUUAGAAAUUUGUAAAGUUUCAUACAUAAUAUACUAUUUUAAAAAUUA